UCAGGAUCAUCCCGGCGGUGCCACCAUGUCCACGCCGCACUUGUACGGCACGGACGGAGGCGCUGGCGUGGAGAUGGAGAGCUUUGAGGUGUCGGACUGGGAGCUGCAGAACGAAUUCGACCCGCAGCGGCACCUCCAGACCAAGGAAGAGGCGACCUACGGCGUGCGGGACGAGCGCCACUCGGAUGAGGGCUCGGAUGGCGAUGAGAGGCCUGUGAAGCAGGAGGAGAUUCCCAAGCAGUCUGUGCCCAAGAAGUUAAAAACAGGCGGAAAUGUCAAGCCCAGCCAGAAAGGCUUCACAGGGGGCUCCAAGUCCUUCGUGGGUUUUGGCAGCUGGGAGAGACACACUAAAGGAAUUGGGCGGAAGCUUCUCCAGAAGAUGGGAUAUGUCCCUGGAAGAGGUCUGGGGAAGGAUGCUCAAGGAAUCAUCAGUCCCAUCGAGGCCAAGCAGAGGAAAGGUAAAGGUGCUGUGGGCGCUUACGGCUCCGAGAGGACCACGCAGUCCUUGCAGAACUUCCCUGGGGUGGACUCCGAAGAGGAAACUGAGGAGGAAUUUCAGGAGGAGCUUGGCCAAUGGCAGAAGGACCCGAAUGGAGGCAAGAAAAAGCCCAAGUACAGCUACAAGACAGUGGAAGAGCUGAAAGCCAAGGGCAGGAUCAGCAAGCAGCUUGCAGCCCCUCAGAAGGAGCUGUCCCAGGUCAAGGUGAUCGACAUGACGGGCCGGGAGCAGAAGGUUUAUUACAGCUACAGCCAGAUCAGCCACAAGCACAACAUCCCAGAUGACAGCCCCCAGCAGCCCCUGGGCAAGGACUCCAAGCCCCAGGGCUUUGCCCUGCCCGAGCUGGAGCACAACCUGCAGCAGCUCAUCGACAUCACGGAGCAGGAGGUCAUCCAGAGCGACCGGCAGCUGCAGUACGAGAGGGACAUGGUGGUCAACCUGAGCCACGAGAUGCAGAAGGUGGCUGAGGUGCUGUCCCACGAGGAGAAGGAGAUCAGCAACCUCAGCAAGGUGCUGGCUAUGGUGGAGGAGUGUGAGAGGCAGAUGCAGCCGGGCUGUGAGAACCCUCUGACCCUGGAUGAAUGUGCAAAGAUCUUUGAGACCUUGCAGGACAAGUACUAUGAGGAGUACAGGAUGUCAGACAGGGUGGACCUGGCAGUGGCCAUAGUUUAUCCUCUCAUGAAGGAAUACUUCAAGAACUGGGAUCCCUUCAAGGACUGUACACAUGGCACAGAGAUCAUAGCCAAGUGGAAGAGCCUUCUGGAAAAUGAUCAGCUGUUACCCCACAGUGGGCAGGACCUGCCAACAGAUGCUUUUCCCAGACUGAUGUGGGAGAUCUGGAUGCCACAUGUCAGAAACAUGGUGGCGCGGUGGCAGCCAAGGAACUGCGGAUCCGUGGUGGGUUUCUUGGACAGCUGGGUGAACGUUGUUCCUGUGUGGAUACUGGAUAACAUUCUGGAUCAGCUCAUCUUCCCCAAGCUGCAGAAGGAGGUGGAGAGCUGGGACCCUCUGACGGACACGGUGCCCAUCCACUCGUGGAUCCACCCCUGGCUGCCGCUGAUGCGGGCGCGGCUGGAGCCGCUCUACUCGCCCAUCCGCACCAAGCUGGCCAACGCCCUGCACAAGUGGCACCCCAGCGACUCCUCUGCCAAGCUCAUCCUUCAGCCCUGGAAGGAUGUGUUCACUCCUGGCUCCUGGGAGGCUUUCAUGGUCAAGAACAUCGUGCCUAAACUCGGAAUGUGUCUGAAUGAGCUCAUCAUCAAUCCCCACCAGCAGCACAUGGAUGCCUUUCACUGGGUGAUUGACUGGGAGGGGAUGAUUUCUGUCUCCAGCCUGGCUGGGCUGCUGGAGAAACACUUCUUCCCAAAGUGGCUGCAGGUGCUCUGCUCUUGGCUCAGUAACAGCCCCAACUACGAAGAGAUCGCCAAGUGGUACCUGGGCCGGAAGUCCAUGUUCUCAGACCAGGUGCUGGCACAUCCCUGCAUCAAGGACAAGUUCAACGAAGCCCUUGACAUCAUGAAGCGGGCUGUGUCCUGAAGCGUGGGCGCCCGGGGGAACAUCGCCCACCUGACCUCCGGCGCGGCACAGCGCGGCGCUGCCGCCGGCCCCGCGCCCCUGAGCUUCAGGGACCUCGUCCUCACCGAGGCCGAGGAGCACAACAUCGUCCUCGCGCCCGUCAUCGGCAAGAGACACGAGGGCCAGCAGCUCUACACCUUCGGCAGGAUCGUCAUCUACAUCCACAGGGGCGUGGUGUUCGUGCAAGGGGAGAAGACCUGGGUGCCCACCUCGCUGCAGAGCCUCAUUGACAUGGCCAGGUGAGGCUCCUGGGUGCCCACCUCGCUGCAGAGCCUCAUUGACAUGGCCAGGUGAGGCUCCUGGGUGCCCACCUCGCUGCAGAGCCUCAUUGACAUGGCCAGGUGAGGCUCCUGGGUGCCCACCUCGCUGCAGAGCCUCAUUGACAUGGCCAGGUGAGGCUCCUGGGUGCCCACCUCGCUGCAGAGCCUCAUUGACAUGGCCAGGUGAGGCUCCUGGGUGCCCACCUCGCUGCAGAGCCUCAUUGACAUGGCCAGGUGAGGCUCCUGGGUGCCCACCUCGCUGCAGAGCCUCAUUGACAUGGCCAGGUGAGGCUCCUGGGUGCCCACCUCGCUGCAGAGCCUCAUUGACAUGGCCAGGUGAGGCUCCUGGGUGCCCACCUCGCUGCAGAGCCUCAUUGACAUGGCCAGGUGAGGCUCCUGGGUGCCCACCUCGCUGCAGAGCCUCAUUGACAUGGCCAGGUGAGGCUCCUGGGUGCCCACCUCGCUGCAGAGCCUCAUUGACAUGGCCAGGUGAGGCUCCUGGGUGCCCACCUCGCUGCAGAGCCUCAUUGACAUGGCCAGGUGAGGCACCUGGGUGCCCACCUCGCUGCAGAGCCUCAUUAGUCAUCAAGUCACAGCAGCAGCCCAGAAGCAAAGACAGCACAACACACUAAUCAGCUGUCCUGGAACCAAAAGUCCAUUCCUCCAUUUGCAAAACUGGCCAAACAAAUAAGUGCCUUCCCCCAAUCCCUAUUGCCUCCCUACUUCCCUCACACUUCCCCCUUUUUUCAUCCACAAAAUAGGUCCUUUCAAAAUUUCCCCAAAUCCCAUUACCCUUUCUUUAUGUUCCAUCAAAUUCCUACUCUCCUUUCCCCUCCAUGGUCUCCCUCCCACAGCCAUGC